GCAACUACAACAGGCAGGGCGGAACUGCUGUUUGCAGUAUGUCGAAGGAAGACGGACAGUCAGGCUGAGUUACAGCUUUCAAGUAACUAGUUAACAUGCCAGUGUGCUAGGUUAAAUCCCCAGUUUUUUUAAAACCACAUCGCGGAUACCGUCGUGGCUUGUUUCUGGGUGUUUUGGAGGUGUUUGAACUUCCCUCACAUUCUCCCCAACCGUAUUUUCACGAAGGGAGGCGGCGGCGGAGCGCUCGGCAGCCAUCUUUGGACCUGCCUGGGAGUGAUAUUCGACUAUUCUGGCUCCCCAGUUACUUCGAGGCUCUGAACACAUAUGAGACCACUGUCCUGCAGAUGAGCCGUCGGUGGGGGCUUUCAAGUCGCUGUCGCAGACCCAGAUAGUUCCUGGCGGCAGCGGCAUUGCCCCCCAACUCCCCAUUAUGCCCAACAGCAGUCGGGCGGGGAGCCUGAAGGACCCCGAAAUUGCUGAUCUCUUCUUCAAGGAGGACCCGGAAAAGCUCUACUCAGAUCUGCGUGAGAUCGGACAUGGCAGCUUUGGUGCUGUAUAUUUUGCACGGGAUGUGCGGACAAAUGACGUGGUGGCCAUCAAGAAGAUGUCUUACAGUGGAAAGCAGUCCACUGAGAAAUGGCAAGACAUAAUCAAGGAGGUGAAAUUCCUUCAGAGAAUACAACACCCAAACAGCAUAGAGUACAAAGGAUGUUACCUGCGAGAGCACACUGCCUGGCUGGUCAUGGAGUAUUGUCUCGGCUCUGCUUCAGAUUUGUUAGAAGUUCACAAGAAACCUUUGCAAGAAGUUGAAAUAGCUGCAAUUACCCAUGGGGCUCUUCAAGGGUUGGCCUAUCUUCACUCCCACAACAUGAUUCAUCGAGAUAUCAAGGCAGGAAAUGUCUUGCUGACGGAGCCAGGGCAGGUAAAACUAGCAGACUUUGGUUCUGCCUCCAUUGCCUGCCCUGCCAACUCCUUUGUUGGGACUCCAUAUUGGAUGGCCCCAGAAGUAAUUUUAGCUAUGGAUGAGGGCCAGUACGAUGGAAAGGUGGAUAUUUGGUCUUUGGGAAUAACGUGCAUUGAAUUAGCUGAGAGGAAGCCUCCACUGUUCAACAUGAAUGCAAUGAGUGCCUUAUAUCAUAUAGCACAGAAUGAGAGCCCUAUGCUGCAGUCCAGUGAAUGGAGCGAAUAUUUCAGAAACUUUGUAGAUUCUUGCCUUCAGAAAUUUCCCCAGGACAGACCGAACUCUGAGGAGCUCUUAAAGCAUGCAUUUGUCCAGCGUGAGCGACCAGAAUCAGUUCUAAUAGACCUGAUAAGUCGGACUAAGGAUGCAGUGCGAGAGCUUGACAAUCUGCAGUAUCGUAAAAUGAAGAAGAUAUUGUUUCAGGAAGCCCACAAUGGCCCGUCAACGGAGGCACAAGAUGAAGAGGAGGAGGCAGAACACAGCGUGGGUAGGACGGGUACAGUGAACAGCGUGGGGAGCAACCAAUCCAUACCCAGUAUGUCAAUCAGUGCCAGUUCCCAGAGCAGCUCUGUCAACAGUCUGACAGAUGCAGGCGACGACAAGAGUGAGGUGGACAUGGAGGGAGAGCACACAGUCAUGUCCAACAGCUCUGUAAUACACCUCAAACCGGACGAAGAGGCAUAUAAUGAAGAGUCGGAGCCUAACACCCGGCCAACUGAGCCACAGUCCCCGCCCGCACACACUCCACGGCCAAAACGGAACCGCGAACACUUUGCUACUAUACGCACAGCCUCAGUGCUCACUCGCCAGAUUAAGGAGCACGAGCAGGAUUCUGAGUUAAGAGAGCAGAUAUUGGGCUACAAGCGCAUGAGGCGGCAGCACCAGAAACAGCUGAUGGCUCUGGAGAACAAGCUGAAGGCUGAGAUGGACGAGCACAGACUGCGCCUGGACAAAGAGCUGGAGAACCAGAGGAACAGCUUUGCACAGGAGAUGGAGAAACUGAUCAAGAAGCACCAGGCGUCCAUAGAGAAAGAUGCAAAAACCUUUAACAAUGAUGAAAAGAAGUUCCAACAACAUAUUCAGAGUCAGCAGAAGAAAGAGCUCAACAGCUUUCUCGAAUCCCAGAAGCGGGAGUACAAACUUCGCAAGGAACAACUCAAAGAGGAGUUAAAUGAAAACCAGUCAACACCCAAGAAAGAAAAGCAGGAGUGGUUGUCCAAGCAGAAGGAGAACUUCCAACACUUCCAAGCUGAGGAGGAGGCCAACUUGCAGCGCAGACAGAGGCAGUAUUUGGACCUUGAGUGCCGCAGGUUCAAACGGAGGAUCUUGAUUGCUCGCCACAAUAUUGAACAGGAUUUAGUGCGUGAGGAGCUAAACAAGCGUCAGACCCAGAAGGACUUGGAACACGCCAUGCUUCUCCGGCACCACGAGUCCAUGCAAGAACUGGAGUUCCGCCAGCUCAACACCAUCCAAAAGACGAGGGCUGAGCUCAUCCGCCUGCAGCACCAGACGGAGCUAACCAAUCAGCAGGAGUACAACAAGAGGAGGGAGAGGGAACUGCGACGCAAACAUGUUAUGGAGGUUCGCCAGCAGCCCAAGAGCCUCAGGUCCAAAGAGCUACAGAUCAAGAAGCAGUUCCAGGACACAUGUAAGAUCCAGACCAGGCAGUACAAAGCACUGAGGAACCAUCUUUUGGAGACCACACCAAAGUCAGAGCACAAGGCUGUCCUUAAACGGCUGAAGCAGGAGCAGCACCGCAAACUCGCCAUCUUGGCAGAGCAGUAUGACCACUCCAUCAAUGAGAUGCUUUCCACUCAGGCGCUUCGUCUGGACGAGACUCAAGAGGCUCAGUGCCAAGGCCUGCGUAUGCAGCUACAGCAGGAGCUGGAGCUUCUCAACGCCUACCAGAGCAAGAUCAAGAUGCAGACCGAUGCCCAACACGAGCGCGAGAGGAAGGACCUGGAGCAGAGGGUGUCACUCCGAAGGGCCCUGCUGGAACAGAAGAUUGAGGAGGAGAUGUUGUCCUUGCAGAACGAACGCUUGGAGCGAAUCCGGAGCCUUCUGGAACGUCAAGCCCGAGAAGUCGAAGCUUUUGACUCGGAGAGCAUGCGCCUGGGUUUCAGCAACAUCGCGCUAUCAAACAUCUCCCCAGAGGCCCUCAGCAAUAGCUUUACCGGGUCUCCAGCAAGUUGGAGUCACCAUCAGCAACCGCACCCACCUGGGAGCUCUCAAGGGUCACCCUGGGGCAGUGGCAGUUCGAGCGCAGGGUCGAGCCACCAUGGCAGCCAUCACCACUAUCACUCCAGUCCAGGAGGGGCACCUAUGCAGCAAGGCUGGGGGCAGGGCAUGCACGGAGGUGGGGUUCCAUCGCCGUGGGGCCAUCCAUCAGCAGGAGGCCUGGUCUCCCGCAGCAGUGGAGGUGUACAGAACAGCCCCCAGGCAAUGGGGAGGACACCCUCAGGAGGGCGCAGUGAGCAGAGCAUGAGCAGGAGUACCAGUGUCACCUCUCAAAUAUCUAACGGGUCACACCUCUCCUACACAUAGAUCCCCUGUCAGUCCUGGAGUCAGAAUUUGAGGAUGUAGAAUCCAACAAGCACAGCAGGACAGAGUAUUGGCUGAGCUCUGCUGCUCUGUCUCUCUCUGUGACACCCCUCUCCCGUGUACAGAAGUGGAUGUGCGAUGAAAUAAGUGUUGCUCAGGUCAAAAGGGCUGGAAGAGACGCAGCCCCUCCUCACGGCAGUUUAUCGACACGCAUACAGAUCCUUAAAUUUAUGUUACAUAAGCAAUUUGAGUGUAAACGCAUAAUACUCCCAUUUGUUUUUUAUUUACAGUUCUCUCCUGCAAAUUUUUUUUUAAUAUGUUUUGUGCUAUUCACAGCCAUUGCUCUCAUUUUGCACAUGAAACACAUGUUAAAUAGCCUUUAACAUGUGCUUACUAUGUCCUCGGAAAUGUGUUAUCAAACAAUCACCCCACCCCACACACACUCCCAAUUCGAUAUUCAGUUAUACACUGGUCGAUUCGCUGACUGUGGUCAAAAAUACGCAGCAGACCAAACUAAAGAUGCUUUGCUGUUGUGAUACCAGCCUGCUGUAAUGGUCAUUGUGAUGCAUUUAGAUUCCUUCUUUUUAUUCAGUAGUUUUAUUUCACCUGAUUUCCUGGUCAUCAGCCAAAAUGAGACUUAAAAUGAGAGCCAAAUAAACUAAUCUCAACUGUUUCAGGCUAUUGCUACAACACUAUUACAGUGCCUUUUUAACCUUUUUCAUUAUAAAAAUCGGUCUCAGAUGUUUAUAGUUUAAUCAAUUUCAUCAGUUGGUUAUCGGAGUAUGUUUUUAGUUUAGUUUGAUUUUAGUUCUAGAGGUCCCAAAUAAUUUUCUCAGAUUUAUUGUAUUCACUGUGUAUGCAGUAAAGUUAGUUUAAGUCUUAUAAAUGGUGAGAAAUAGGAAAUGACUUGUGUAUAUCAGUUACUAUAUUUUUAGGGCUUUAGAGUGAUGGUACUCUAGGGGUGGACUUGGAAACCCCUGCGUUACAGAGACUCUCAUUGCACACAUUCACAGGAGGAAUUGUGUUUGGGGGGGGAAAAGAGACUCAUUUGCCUUCAAAACAAUCCUAGUAUUGAUCUGUUGAUUUUUAUUAGUGCCUUUUUAAACUGCUGCCUUUUUCAAAGCACUUUAUACAGCGGAAAAUAUGUAACUUCUUUGCGCAAAGCACCUGGUGGAUGAUUGUUUCGUCGGUACGUAUGUAGUUAAGUUGAGGAGUCGAGCUAACCCGUGCUGUGAUUUUUAAGGAGCUAAUUCCCAAGUGCAGACAAGACUUAGUUCCAUACCUACAUACAGUAUAUAAAUGAAAGCUUUCCCCCCUUCCUGCAGCUUUUACUAUGUUUUGAAAUUAUAGCUGCUGUUGGUUAUCUCCUCUGUGUGUUGAUGUUGAAUUUUGAUUGAAUAAUAGAGGAUGUAAAGACGCUGCAGGCUUUUAACAUAUGGUUUGGCUACAGUUUCCAUAAAACAAACUGAACUGAGUGAACUAAAGAGAGACCAUUAUGUGCAGGCAGAAAGCUUAAGUUAAUUGUCAUGACCAUGACAGCAGGCUUGGCACUAAAAACAAACUGCAACUCUGUUAAAAAUGUUGGGGCCCAGUUACGUAACGCUAAAACAUGUAAAGGUGCUAAGUUAAAAAUGUUACACCAUCUCAAGCACAUGCUCGCAUUAUGACAUUGUAUCAUAUACAUGUAAAUGUAAAAUCGAGUUAACCCACACUCUGUGAAAACAGCCAAAUACAAAAUAUAUGUGGCAAAAAGCACUUAGGUAUUCCUUUUGAUAGCUCUAGCAGUUCCUUUUUUUUAUUUUAUAAUAUCUCUCUGCUCGCUCUUUUCUCUCUGGUUUGUGGUUGAAAUAUCAUUGGAGAAGUCUGUGCCCUUUAAACCUUUUUAACAGCUUUGUCUGUUCAAGUUAGGCUUUCCAUUUCCAUACAAAUAGUUUAUAACAUUUAGGCCAUUUAAGGAUAAUGAUCCAGAGAGAAUAAGAAUAUAUGCUCCCUUGAAUCUCAAAGCUGGAGUUAAAUGUUCAUAUGUGUAUAUUUUAUUAAAGAAAACAUUUAAAAACUAAAUUUGCAUUUUAAGAAAAUAAUUUCUAAAACUAACUUUAUUUAACUGACAGACCACACUGAUAUUAGCAAACUCUCCAAGUGGUUUUGAGUUGUCUGGACAUAGCUCAUUGGAAGAUAUUCUUGGUUUUGUGUACACAGACAGAAUGCCUCAUAUGCAUGUAUUUGCUGUCAUCUCCUUUUUUAAAUGCCACUUAUUUAGUCAAGCGGCCAUGUUUGAGCAUUAUCACUGCAGAGUUUGUUCUCCCCUGCUGCACACGUUUGAUCAUUUGUCCCCAAUCCACUCUGAUUCAGAGCCGUUUUGCAGAUGCUGGUUCUUUCUGAAUGUCAUACUGUGAUAUAUUCCUAUCACAUUUGAGGACACAAAAAUGCUGGGGUCUUUUUCUUAAAUAGGUGGGAUGUUAAUUUUCCGUGUGUGUGUGUGUGCGUGUGUAUAUAUCCUAUCCUUGAAGGUAUGCAUUAUAUCAAGUUACAUAUGGUUUGGUCCCAAAACCCUUUUUUUUUUAAUGCCGAGUUCCAGCUACUUUAACACAGCAGGUUAUAUUCAUCAUUUCUUUUCUGAUUUGUUGAUAUAUGGUUAAGAAAAGGGGAAUGUAUUUAUCAUGAUCGGAAUCUUACCUUAAGUCAAAAGCCAAGCCCAAGAGUUUGAAUGUUAGGCCAAUCAAACCUCACAUACAUGCCAACCUUAAGUUUGUAUGCACAACUUCUGUUCACUUUUAUGUCAAUGUUGUGUAUGUGUGUGUGUGUGUGUGUGAGGGAGUCUGGGUAUUGUUGUCAAUCAUUGUCGGUCAUGGGACCUCUCAACAAACCGGGAUUUUAUGUUUUUUAUCUAACUUUGUCAAAUUUUGUCCUACUGACUGAAAGCUUAUGGGAUACCGAAUGAGAAUCUGCAACAAAAAAUGGUGAUCCUUUCUAUGGUCAAACACUGUGCCAUACCUGAGUUGCCAAUUCCAGAUACCACUGCAUUGUCUCAUCUCCAUGGUUGUACCUAUCAGUGGGCUGACGGCAUGAAAUGUAUGAAACAUAAAAACAAGUUGGUUCUGGUUUAGUGGCCAAAGUUAAAAGGCUUGAAAAGAUGAUGUGGUGACAGGCAAAUUAUGAAAAGAGAUUGCAUUUCUUUGAAGAUGUCAGUAUUCUUCUUUGGCACAUUACCACUACAACUCAUAACCUGUAUUAAAAUGUAUAGAUGGUGGAACUUGUUAUUGAAUGUCAGAGAGAUUAUGAAGAUACUACAUAAGAGAUGGUAAAGUACUAAAAGUGGAUUUAAAUUGUGUAAAAAGAUUCAUAAAACCGAAUAAAAAUAGGAUCAAAUUGACUAUUUUGUUUGUAUUAUAUUUACCAUUGUGUUGGCAGAGGGAUAUUGAACAGAAAUCAGCUGUAAUAAAGUAAUUUUUAGUAUAA